AUGUCGGUCUUUGUACGGGCCCGAGCGCCGAUGCGCCCAGAUCUCCUCCGAACCGCCCGGCUCCGGCACCCCGCUUACUCGACAUCGAGUAUCCUCCUCUCGGCCCCCCGCCGGUCGAAUUACUUCAAUUCCGGGUACAGCAGUAGCUAUGAUCCCAACCAGGAAACAGGGCGCGGCCCCAUAUUCAACAAGCACACCUUUGGCGUCCCGCAGUUCUACCCGCGAGACCUGAAGAGGAGGGUGGAUGACUACGUCGUAGGCCAGGAUCGGGCGAAGAAGACAAUAUGCUCUGUCAUUUUCAAUCACUACCAGGGUCUACGGCGGCGUCAGAACCACGAGAUCCAAGAUCAGCGUCUGCGGGAAAAGCUCCAGAGGCAGAAAUAUGCCCAGGACCAGGAGGCUUUUGAGAAUGCGGGUUACAACAGCACCCGCACGCAUCCAGUCGAAGAUGAAUAUCAGAAGUACCACGAAGCAGCGGGGGGAACAUACAAGAUCCCCGACAAUCUAUACGAGCCCCUUACCGACGACUUCUACAUCCCGGAAAACUUCGCCGCGCCAGAGCAUGUCAAGAUCGACAAGAGCAACUUACUUUUGAUCGGACCUACUGGCGUGGGGAAGACGUACAUACUCGAAACUCUGAGCAAGAAGCUUAACGUGCCAUUCACCAUUAGCGACUGCAACUCGUUUACGCAAGCCGGAUAUAUCGGACAGGACGUCGAAUCAUGUAUCGAACGACUACUCAUCGAGGCCAACUACGACAUCAAAGCCGCGGAACAUGGGAUCAUCGUGCUAGAUGAGUUUGACAAGAUUGCGAAACGUGAGACGGUCAAUGGCAGGGAUGUAGGCGGCGAAGGCGUGCAGCAAGCUCUAUUGAAGCUUGUCGAAGGAACCAAGGUCACGAUAAACAUUAAGGAUCAACGACAGUCCCGCACGACGAACAACCCACCUAGCGGCUAUGGGCCGUCGAACCCGCAAUCAACCCCUCCCGCUGGCAAGGUUGACCAGUAUACCAUCGACACAACAAACAUUCUUUUCGUCUUCUGCGGUGCCUUUGUCGGCUUGGACAAGACGGUCCUCCGGAGAGUCGCCAAGCCCUCCAUCGGCUUUGGCUCCGAGGUCCGCGGGCGCAGCGCCUCCAUGUCCGGUAGCAAAGACAUCCUCCCCCCAGAAAUGUACAGCCACCUACCCCAUCAACCGGCGUUUGCCGGCGGAUCGUCGGGCACCGGGUUCACCCCGCUCGACCUCACCACGCCCGCCGACCUGCAAGCCUACGGCUUCAUUCCGGAGCUGAUCGGCCGGCUGCACAACAUCUGCGCGCUCACGCCGCUCUCGCUGGACGAGCUGUACCGCAUCCUGACCGAACCGCGCAACAGCCUGGUGGCCCAGUACACGGCGCUGUUCGAGACGUACCCAAGCAAGCUCAACUUCACGCGCAAGGCGCUCACCGCCAUCGCGGAGCGGGCGGCCAAGAACGAGACGGGCGCGCGCGGGCUCAAGAUGGAGAUGGAGCGCGUGCUGGCCGACCCCAUGUACGACGCCCCCACCCCUUACGUGCUGAUCACCGAGGGCUGUGUCCAGGGGACUGAGAAGGCGGGAUACUGGGGCAAGGAUGGCCGCAUGGAGAUGGAGAGGCGGAUGCGUGAGGAGGAUGAGCGGGAGACGACGACGACGACGACGACGGGUGGGGGGCAUGAGCCGGCGUUUGAGCGGUUCCGUGAGGCGGGGUGGAGCAGUGCGUGA